UCAGGCUCUGUUGUUGUCCCCGCGUUCCUGUCUCUCGUGCAAAUCGCAGGUCUUUGUUUCCACUUCUUCGAUGAAACAGAACAGCACCCAGCUUAUGAAAGCCUGCACAUAAGGAAAAGGAGAGUUCUUUAGCUUGUUGUUAUCGUGUCGGCUGAGUACUUGGAAGAAACAAGUGAAAUUCCAAAAUGCUUCAACAGCAGAUUGUACAAUCCCCAGCUAGGCUAGGCCUAUCGAACCCCAAUUCACCUGCUCUUCACAACCCUACCCCUCCAAAAGUUCCUUCCCAGCAGCAAGCUUCUUCUGCUUUGUCCUCUUCACAGCUUCCCAAUCUCUCCCCAUCCCUAGUCUCUCUCCUCUCACCCCUCCCAAGAGCUCAAUCCCUUCUAGUUCAAAUGGCCUCCCUUGCGUCUAAGCUCUUUGAAGUUUCACCUAAUCGAUCGCUUUGGCUCAAUGCAUUCCGUGGGUCCCUGCCAACCUUCCUUCCUCCCCAAACUCAAUCCCAGUCCUCAAUCCCGCUUGAGAGUUGUCCUUCCUCCACCAAAGAUGUCCUUUCCCAGUUCACAGCUCUGCAAACCCAACUGUUUGAGGCUGUAGCUGAACUCCAAGAAAUUCUUGAUCUUCAGGACGCUAAGCUGAAAAUUGCAUGCGAAGUCCAGUCCAAGGAUGCCUCACUUCUUGCCUUCUCCAAGAAACUCAAGGAUGUUGAGCAGGUGCUUGAUAGUCUUGUUGAUGAUUACUCGGAUCUAUCCUGCCCGAAAAGGGUAAAAGUAGAUGAGGGUUCAGAAGAUGAUUCGUCAUGCACUACUACUGUUUCAUCUCAGUUGAAUUUAUCAGAUAUUUUGUCAUAUGCACAUCGGAUCAGCUACACAACGUUUGCACCACCCGAAUUUGGGGCUGGACAAGCUCCUCUUCGCGGAUCACUCCCACCUGCCCCGCAGGAGGAGCACAUGCGUGCUUCUCAGCUAUACAAUUUUGCAAACCUGGAUGUUGGUUUGCCCAAGACUCUAGACAGCACGGAGAAGACAAUUGAAGCAAUCAUGGAGCCCCCAUCUCUUGCGCCAACAGAAGCCAAUCAAGCUCCAAACCUUGGUCCACUGUUUCCAAAUAUCACUGUUCCGUUUGGCUGGAAACCUGGGAUGCCUGUGGACUUGCCUGCUAUGCCCCCCGGCUGGAAGCCUGGGGACCCAGUGCCUUUGCCCCCGGUGGGAUCUCUUCCAGUUCCUAAGGUUGAUGAGCAACAACUACGGGGUAGACCUCAAGCAUUGCAUAAACCGCCAGAGACAAUACAAGUGCGGCAUGUUAUACUGGAUAUUCCUGAAGUUGAUGAUAGCGAUUAUAGCAGCUCUGAAGAAAGCUCUGAAGAUGAUGAUUAACAGAUUGUCCUUUGGAACUGAGUGCAUGUCACUGUCGGUUUAGAGUACCAUUUACGUUUCCCUAAAAUCUCAAUUUUGCUAUUUCAUGUACAUUCCAACUCCAGCUAUUUUGAACAUCAGUUGGUGCGCUUGGUUCUUGCCAUCCCCAACUUUAUUGGGAGUUGAAUCAAGAGAUGAGAAACUAUU